UAGAAUAUAAAAUAAAGAAAAACUUUCGAGUUAAGUUACCUAACCUCAAAAAAAAAUCCCUUUACGAAUAUCCUUGAAAAAAAAAACUCAAAAAUAACAUUUUUUCGGACUGCCCCAAACGAAACGUCACAUGUUAUUACGUAUUCAUUACUGAUUAAAAUUUGAAUAGUGCUGAAAUUGUUUCGUCCGAUAAGCACAUCUUCAAGUCGUCAGACGACCUCAAUCACCUUGAAAAAACUCAAAGAAGUCACUAUUUUAGAUUCAGUUUUUAUUAAUCGAAAGAAAAUUCAUCUCGAUGGCUUCGAAGGGAACACUUACAGUACUAAACCUGGCCGGUGCAGGCAAACUUCUAAGUAGGAGAGCUUUUUCGACCACAAGACUAGUUGGAGCUAAACAAAUGACCGUCCGUGAUGCUCUCAAUUCAGCCCUAGAUGAAGAAAUGAGCAGAGACGAAAAAGUAUUCAUCCUAGGGGAAGAAGUAGCUCAAUACGAUGGCGCUUACAAAGUAACCAGAGGCUUGUGGAAAAAGUACGGAGAUAAACGAGUCAUUGACACACCAAUAACUGAAAUGGGUUUUGCAGGUAUUGCAACUGGUGCAGCCAUGUCAGGAUUGAGACCAGUAUGCGAAUUUAUGACUUUCAAUUUUGCUAUGCAAGCCAUCGAUCAAAUUAUAAACUCUGCAGCUAAAACAUUUUACAUGUCUGCCGGACGUGUGAAUGUACCCAUUGUAUUUAGAGGUCCAAAUGGUGCAGCUUCAGGUGUGGCGGCGCAGCACUCACAAUGCUACGGCUCCUGGUACGCUCACUGUCCGGGCUUAAAAGUCGUCUCUCCGUACAAUUCCGAGGACGCCAAAGGGCUUUUGAAGGCCGCCAUCAGAGAUCCCGAUCCAGUCGUUUGUCUGGAAAACGAACUUAUGUACGGCGUCCAGUAUCCAAUGUCCGACGAGGCGCUUUCUAGCGAUUUUGUUUUGCCUAUUGGAAAAGCUAAAAUCGAAAGACCUGGUAAACAUGUUACUCUUGUAGCACAUUCGAAAGCGGUGGAAACUUGCCUGGAAGCGGCUAAGGAAUUAGCUGGAAAAGGAAUUGAAGCUGAAGUUAUUAAUUUGAGAUCAUUGAGGCCUAUAGAUACUGAUACCAUAAACAAAUCAGUAGUCAAAACCAAUCAUUUAAUAUCAGUUGAACAAGGAUGGCCUUCUUGCGGUAUCGGUUCGGAAAUUUUAGCCCGAUUGAUGGAAAGCGAAGCUUUCUAUCAUUUAGAUCAGCCAGCUCUUAGACUUACUGGCUGUGACGUUCCGAUGCCCUACACUCAAAGUUUAGAAACAGCAGCCCUACCUCGUCCUGUUGAUGUUGUAGAUGCCGUCAAAAGAUUACUGAAAGUUAAAUGAAUUCCAACAACCACUGAAUUGAGUCAAUUAAGAGGCUGACAUUGCAGGAACAAAUAAAUAACUAAAUAAUUGAAUAGUCCUGUAAGGUUUUAGUUUUUUUUUUUUUAUAGAUGUCAUUAAUUUAUUUUGUAUACAUAUAUUAUAUUUCUUCUUCUUUUUUUUUUGUAAUAAAUCUUAGAUACCUCGCUUUAUAAAAUACAUAAUUAGGUUUCAAUAUUGUAUUUGUUUCCUGUAAAUUUUAUUGUUUGUUUAUUAAAACUUUGUUUUGGAAAUUUA